AGGGUGGCCUUUCGGAAAGCGAGGGAACAGCGCGCGCCGCGCUCCGCCCAGCUCCGUUCCGCUCCGCAGAGCCGACGCGGACCGGGCACGGGGACGACGGCACUCGGCCGGGGCCUUCGCAGCCACGCGCUCCCUCCGCGGCGGGAUCUGAGCCCCGGGGCGGCUCCCUAGAGCCCCGAGCGAGCGGAGGGCGGGAGCAGGGUUGGGACUCACGGCGACGGAGGGAGCGACAAGCCAGCUGAGUCGCGUGCGCCGGCGCGCGCAGCUCCAGGUCCCCCAGCCCCAGCUGGGGCCUGUCGCUGCCUGACUCCCCUUGCCCUCGGGAAGGACGGUGCACCCACGACCCGUCCGGGACCACGGCCACUCGGCGGAAAUCCAGGGGCCGAGUCCGCGCGACGGCCCACGCGGGACAGGCUUUUGGAUGAGAAAAAGCUGACAGGAACCGAGCCCCACCUUCUCUGUGUGCUGGGGAACAGGGCUACACGGCCCCAGUGGCACCCAUGCCGAAGAACAGCAAGGUGACCCAGCGCGAACACAGCAAUGAGCAUGUCACCGAGUCAGUGGCUGACUUGCUGGCUCUGGAGGAGCCUGUGGACUACAAGCAGAGUGUACUGAACGUGGCCGGCGAGACAGGUGGCAAGCAGAAGGUGGCGGAGGAGGAGCUGGACACAGAGGACCGGCCAGCCUGGAAUAGCAAGCUGCAGUACAUCCUGGCCCAGAUUGGCUUCUCUGUGGGCCUGGGCAACAUCUGGAGGUUCCCCUACCUGUGCCAGAAAAAUGGAGGAGGUGCCUAUCUGGUGCCCUAUCUGGUGCUGCUUAUCAUCAUUGGCAUCCCCCUCUUCUUUCUGGAGCUGGCUGUGGGCCAGAGGAUCCGCCGUGGCAGCAUUGGUGUGUGGCACUAUGUGUGCCCCCGCCUGGGGGGCAUCGGCUUUUCCAGCUGUAUUGUCUGCCUCUUCGUUGGGCUGUACUACAAUGUGAUCAUUGGGUGGAGCGUCUUCUAUUUCUUCAAGUCUUUCCAGUACCCACUGCCCUGGAGUGAAUGUCCUGUCAUCAGGAAUGGGACUGUAGCAGUGGUGGAGCCUGAGUGUGAGAAGAGCUCAGCUACUACCUACUUUUGGUACCGAGAGGCCUUGGACAUCUCCAACUCGAUUUCAGAGAGUGGGGGCCUCAACUGGAAGAUGACACUCUGCCUCCUUGUGGCCUGGAGCAUCGUGGGCAUGGCUGUCGUCAAGGGCAUCCAGUCCUCUGGAAAGGUAAUGUAUUUCAGCUCCCUCUUCCCUUAUGUGGUGUUGGCCUGCUUCCUGGUCCGGGGGCUGCUGCUUCGAGGGGCAGUGGAUGGCAUCCUGCACAUGUUCACUCCUAAGCUGGACAAGAUGCUGGACCCCCAGGUGUGGCGGGAGGCAGCCACACAGGUCUUCUUCGCCCUGGGGCUGGGCUUUGGAGGCGUCAUCGCCUUUUCCAGCUACAACAAACAGGACAAUAACUGCCACUUCGAUGCUGCCCUGGUGUCCUUCAUCAACUUCUUCACCUCGGUGUUGGCCACCCUCGUGGUGUUUGCUGUGCUGGGCUUCAAAGCCAACAUCAUGAAUGAGAAGUGUGUGGUCGAGAAUGCUGAGAAAAUUCUAGGGUACCUCAACUCCAAUGUCUUGAGCCGGGACCUCAUCCCACCUCACGUCAACUUCUCACACCUGACUACCAAGGACUACUCAGAGAUGUACAGCGUCAUCAUGACUGUUAAGGAGAAGCAGUUCCCAGCCCUGGGCCUGGAUCCCUGCCUCUUGGAGGAUGAGCUGGACAAGUCUGUGCAGGGCACAGGCCUGGCCUUCAUCGCCUUCACUGAGGCCAUGACACAUUUCCCGGCCUCCCCGUUCUGGUCCGUCAUGUUCUUCUUGAUGCUCAUCAACCUGGGCCUGGGCAGCAUGAUCGGGACCAUGGCAGGAAUCACCACACCCAUCAUCGACACCUUCAAGGUGCCCAAGGAGAUGUUCACAGUUGGCUGCUGUGUCUUUGCAUUCUUCGUGGGGCUGUUGUUCGUCCAGCGCUCCGGAAACUACUUUGUCACCAUGUUUGAUGACUAUUCGGCCACCCUGCCACUCACCGUCAUCGUCAUCCUUGAGAACAUCGCUGUGGCCUGGAUUUAUGGAACCAAGAAGUUUAUGCAGGAGCUGACAGAGAUGCUGGGCUUCCAGCCGUAUCGAUUCUAUUUCUACAUGUGGAAGUUUGUGUCUCCACUGUGCAUGGCUGUGCUCACCACAGCCAGCAUCAUCCAGCUGGGGGUGUCGCCCCCAGGCUACAGUGCCUGGAUCAAAGAGGAGGCUGCUGAGCGCUACUUGUACUUCCCCAACUGGGCCAUGGCACUGCUGAUCACCCUCAUUGCCGUGGCCACCCUGCCCAUCCCUGUGGUGUUCAUCCUGCGGCACUUCCACUUGCUCUCCGACGGGUCCAACACCCUCUCUGUGUCCUACAAGAAGGGCCGCAUGAUGAAGGACAUCUCCAAUCUGGAGGAGAACGAUGAGACGCGCUUCAUCCUCAGCAAGGUGCCCAGUGAGGCGCCCUCCCCCAUGCCCACCCACCGCUCCUAUCUGGGGCCUGGCAGCACAUCACCCUUGGAUAACAGCAACAAUCCCAACGGACGCUAUGGAAGCGGCUACCUCUUGGCCAGCACCCCUGAGUCAGAGCUGUGACCACAGCUCCACCCUGCCUGCCUCCCCUCAAUACCCAACCUGCCCACUUGUCUGGGCCUGGUCUCUUCCUCCAUGGUGGCCACCAGACCCAGGCCAGUCCAAGGAGAGAGGAUCUGUCCUGCCUUGUUCCCCACCCAAGUCCCAGCAGACUCCCUACCUAUGAGCAGGGGACUGGGGACAAUUCAGUCCCUAUUCCAGGCCCCCAACCCGUGUAACUUUUUUGAGAACUCUUGCCAAGUUGCAGUCAUGUAACCACAAAAUCCCAGUAUGGGGGGACUUCAAGUGGACACUUUAGGAGUCACCUCCCCCUCUCCCUGUAAAACCUAUCACUUGUAGUUCUUGGGUCUCAGGGAGGGUCCAUUUGUGCUGCUGGUCACGGUGGGUGGUGGUGGACAGGGGCUUUAGGGCUGAGGGUGCAGGAUGUAGGCGUUAGCCCAGCCUGCCAAAAGACUCAUCGUCCUGUCCAGCCCUGCCAGGCUCCUCCUGAGCUAAGAUAGGGUUAGGGAUGCGUGUAUCAGGUCUCAGGCUUUGCUUUGCCAGAAGGUAUAUGGAGUCUCUUCAAUUCUGUCUUUUGAGAAAGGUGGAGACCUCUCAGGCUUAAGCAUGAAUGCUGCCAUCGAAUGAAAUGAAUCCACAGCCAGCUCGUGGAGCCUUUAAAUGUCCCUAUUUACAGGUCCUGCCGGAGAGCACAGUGAUGGGGUCACUUUAACUAGGGCUUAGCCAUUUCUCAAUCUCCUCUAUCCAACCUGGAGCCACGGGUGGUGGUCUUUGCCUCUGUCCCAGAAAGAAGAGGGCACAGUGCAUAAUGGGUGAGGUUUCCAGAGCACAAUUUGCAGGCUCCCAGCACAAUCUAGAUGGUUUGGAGCACAAGAGAAACAAGCGCACCUCACCUGGAGCCCCAUCUUCUCCUUAGUGGCAGCUUCUCCCCUGGAUUGAGGGUUCCUGGAGGUCAGAGGUGUGUCACCAGGAGCCCUUGUUUCUAAGGAAAGACAGGUAAACUCACUGCCCUCUCUGGCUGCCACUCACUCUCCUUGUUGUACAAGCACAGCCGCUGGUGUGCACAUCAUGCGGAGACACCUUGGGAACCUUUCCCUAACUUCCCCCAGCCUGUUCAGGGGAGUGGCACAGGCAGUUCUGGGCAGCGGAAAGCCUCUGGUCUUAGGCUCCAAGGGAGAUACAAUCUAUGGCACUGUCCCUGACCACCUUUCAAGGCUCCUCUGGGAGGAAGGCUGCCUCAGAGCGGCCUGUGAGGAUUCGGAAGCUGACCUGAGACUCAGAGUAUCUCUCUGCAGUAUCACCUUAGAGAGAUGGGUGUAUGGACUUAUAUGGUUGGCCGGUUGGGAUGGACAGAUGGAUGGGUGCAUGGAUGGGGUCACCUUAGCUAGGGUUUAGUCAUUUCUCAAUCUUCUCCUUCCAACCUGGAGCCAGGGGUGGUGGUCUUACAUACAACAUCCAUGCACACACACACACACACACACACACACACACACACACACACACACACACACUGUUUCUAUCUUUGAAAGUUCUGGUCAGCAGGAACAGACCUGGGCACCUGACAGAGGUUCCUGGGUCAUUGUUGUGGCCUAAAUUUCCCUCAGUCCUGAGAGGGACGACAGCCUAGGCCCAGAUGUCCACCACUUGCUCCUAAAGCCUCCUGGAUACCUCCCUCCCUAGCCUGAGAGGUCCCCCACCCUCAGCCUGCCAUCUCUUAUUCCUCAGUUCCACACACCUUCUCUCACUUCUAGCCUUCUUGGUCCCACCUGUCAUAGUAUUUAAGGUGAGAGGGAAAUGAGCUUUGGGGUCCCACCAUCGGCCCCCUCACCUGACAACACCCCCUAGCUGGCCCCGUGCCUAGUCCUGAGCAGAAUUAGAAAACAGGAAAGCCAGGCCCUAGCAGAGACUCCACUCUCUCUCCUCCUCUCCACAUGCUAUUUCUAUUGUACAUUCAAUCUGUACAUGUGGGUGUAGAUGCUGUGAAAUGACAAACCCAAUAUUAUACUGUGGCUGGUGGACUAUUUUCAUCCUCAGUGCCGUACAGAUCUAUUUUCAUUGUAUAUUUGAUAUAUUUUUAAUUUUGUAGCGUGGCUGGGCCAGGCCCCAGCCUGUGAGCCUGCAGUGAGUGGGGGAUGGGGGGUGGGGGCGGGGGGCUGGGUGGAGCUGAGCUAGGGCUGUUUGCUUAUGCCUUGUGGGCUCUGUAGUGUGUGUUGUAGCCUUUUGCUGUAAGCCAGAAUCUGUCCUGGCUACAUCUUUGCUUCUGUGAGUUGGACAUAGGACCCAGAGCUCUAUGGUUGUGUGUAUGUGUGUGUGUGUCUGUGUGUGUGUGUGUGUGUUACAUUCGUAGGUGUGAGUGCAUAAGGUGCUGAUCUGUGACACCCCCACCCACCCAGUGUUCAUCACCUUCUGAAGACCCCGUGUCUUCCUCUCAGCUCUAUGGGUGAGACCUCAGGACAGGCACCUCUAAGAAGCACCAGCUGUGGGGAAAGGCACGUGUUUCCUUCAGGUGACUCAUUGUCAUUUCACCUUUGGUGGGAAGGAGGGCCUUGGGUGGGGGUGGAAAGCCCUCAGAUUUAUUUUCCAGUCAACCUUCUGUUGUUCACACUGGAGUCACGAUGUCUUAGGCAGACAGUACCGGGCUUCUUAGGAGGAAGGCAUCUCUCUGCCCUUCGGUCCUGCCCUUGUCCUUGAAAAAGUCUGGAGUACUCAGAAAGCAACAGCCGCUUCUCAGACCUCCGCUGGCUCCUCCGGAGAGAUGAGGUGGGCUCACCUGACCACUGAAGACCAGCCUCAGCUUCCGUGGAAGAGCUGGAAGUGAGGGCUGGGUCUCCAAGUCUUGGCGCAGGGUCCCUAGUGCUGGUUGGCGCUGCUCAUACGGUGCCUACCAGGAGACAAGGGGUUUCCGGGGCUGAGUCAUUCGAGUUGGGGCAGUGCAGAGGUACACCUAAGAGUUCCUGUUCUGACAGCUCUCAGCUCCAGUCACCAGCUUCUUGCUCAGGGAGCCCUCAGCCCUCUUCAUGGGGACAGCGAGGAGCCUGAGGCCUAGGUUGGGUGGUGGGGGAGACGUGAGGUGCAGAGGAAUUAUAGAUAGGGUUGGCUUCUGCCAUCAAGCAAUACAUCGUCAGGAGCUGGCUGCUGCUUUUUAAGUGCCAGGAGACGUCCUCCAGAGGCCGUGCUCGUGUGUGAGCCCUGAGGCUAUGAGCCAAUCCCCGUGCAGAUCUGCAGUAUUCCCAGGCAGGGACUGCUCUUCUUCCCUUCCUUACCACUACAUUACCCUUCCCUCAACUAGAGUAUGCCCACUGUGAAAAGAGAAGUGAGAUCACGCAGGCUGUAAUACACCUGACUCUGUACACCUCUGAGUCCCUCUUCUUAGGUCUGAACUAUGGGGAGCUAGGGGAGGAGGGCCCCGGGUCAUUUCUCAUGAGAAGUCCUGCUUUGUACAGACCUAAACACAUACCAGGCAGUCACUUCCGGUCCUGACACACGUUCAGAACAGUUUAAGUUCAUGUGUCCUGGAGUGGCCAGUGCUCUGAGUCAGGAUCACUUGGCCCAGGAGAGGGCAUGAGGCAUUGUCACCCCAGGGCCCCCACUUCAUCUCCCCCACCCUGCUGUACAAUAAAGUGUCUGUUCUUAGCA